CCCUGGCCGCUGUCAGGUGAAGGGAAGGCGGCAAGAGCUGGGGGCUGGAACGGUGAGAGCUUCCCAGAGAAAGAGGAUGGCCCUGAGACUCUCAAGGAAGGAUGCGGGGAGCUUCCAGGAACCCUGCGCAAUGGAAUAGAUGAGGAGGUUCAGAGAGGGACAGGGAGUUGCCCGCAGCCACACAGCAGGUCCUAAGCCUGACCCCUGGGUCCUGUCUCCCGUCCAUUUCCACCAUGGUCUUCUGGACGCAGCUGAUGCUGCUGCUUUGGAAGAAUUUACUGUAUCGCAGGAGACAGCCGAUCCAGCUGUUGGUGGAGUUGAUGUGGCCUCUCUUUCUCUUCUUCAUCCUGGUGGCCGUACGCCAUUCCCACCCACCACUCGAGCAGCAUGAAUGCCACUUCCCCAACAAGCCGCUGCCUUCAGCGGGCACCAUUCCUUGGCUCCAGGGCCUCAUCUGCAAUGUGAACAACACCUGCUUCCCGUGGCCAACGCCUGGAGAGGAGCCUGGAGUCGUCAGCAACUUCAAGGAUUCCCUGGUCUCCCGCUUCCUGGCAGAUGCCCAUAGUGUCCUGGGGGGCCCCAGUGCCCAAAGGAUGCUGGCCAGCCUGAGGAAGCUCAUGCCCAUGCUGAGGGCAGCUCACCGAGCUAGGGCAGCCUGGCCUCAGCCGAGUGACCAGCCCAAGGAGGGACCACCCCUGGCCACUGAGCUGCUGAGGACACUGCUGCGAGGGGAAUCCCUGGGGUCUGUGCUGGGCCAAGCCCCGGAGUCCAUGGGCAGCUUUGUGGAGGCAGCAGAGGACCUGGCCCAGGAGGUCCUGGAGCUGCCCAGCCUGGUGGAGCUGCGGAUGCUGCUGCAGAGACCCCAGAGGACCACUGGCCCCCUGGAAGUGGUGUCAGAGGCCCUCUGCAGUGCCAGGGGACCUAGCAAACCGGGGGGGCCCUCCCUCAACUGGUAUGAGGCCAGUGACCUGAAGGAGCUCAUGGGACAGGAGCCGGCAAGGGCCCUACCUGUUGACAGCCUGAGCUCCAAGUGCAAUGAGCUGAUGGGGGCCCUGGACACCCACCCCAUGUCCCACCUGCUCUGGAGGCGCCUGAAGCCACUGGUCCUGGGGAAAGUACUGUUUGCUCCUGAUACGCCCUUCACCCGGCAGCUCAUGGCCCAGGUGAACCGAACUUUCCAGGAACUGGCUGUGUUGAAGGACGUCCAGGAGGUGUGGGAGCUGCUGGGACCCCAGCUCUUCAACUUCAUGAAUGACAGUGCAAAUGUCGCUGUGCUGCAGAAGCUCCUGCAAAUCCGGGACAAAAGAAGGAAGCAGCUAGGACCUGGAGGCCGGGACCAGGUGGAGGCCCUCCGUGCCUUUCUGAACCCACACAGAGGUGGCUACAGCUGGCAGGAGGCCCAUGCUGACAUGGGACAUCUGGUGGGCAUGCUGGGCCGCGUGAUGGAGUGCGUGACCCUGGACAAGCUGGAGGCUGUGCCCUCAGAGGCCGCCCUGGUGGAGCGGGCCCUGGAACUGCUCUCCCAGCACCGUUUCUGGGCCGGCAUUGUCUUCCUGGGGCCGGAGGACUCCCCGGACCGCACGCAGUUCCCAGGCCCUGGUCCCUUGCGCAUCAAGAUCCGUAUGGACAUCGAUGACGUAACCAGAACCAAUAAGAUAAGGGACAGGUUUUGGGACCCUGGCCCCGCCGCUGACCCCCUGAUAGACCUGCGCUAUGUGUGGGGCGGCUUCGUGUACCUGCAGGACAUGGUGGAGCGCGCUGCCGUGCACGUGCUCAGCGGUGCCCCGCCCCGCGCCGGCCUCUACCUGCAGCAGAUGCCCUACCCUUGCUAUGUGGAUGAUGCGUUCCUGCGAGUGCUGAGCCGCUCACUGCCGCUCUUCCUGACGCUGGCCUGGAUCUACUCGGUGGCGCUGACCGUGAAGGCUGUGGUGCGAGAGAAGGAGACACGGCUGCGCCACACGAUGCGCGCCAUGGGGCUCAGCAGCGCUGUGCUGUGGCUGGGCUGGUUUCUCAGCUGCCUCGGGCCCUUCCUUCUCAGCACCGCGUUGCUCGUGGCCGUGCUCAAGCUUGGGGACAUCCUUCCCUACAGCCACCCUGUUGUGCUCUUCCUGUUCUUGGCGGCUUUCGCCGUGGCCACGGUGGUCCAGAGUUUCUUGCUAAGCGCCUUCUUCUCCCGCGCCAACCUGGCGGCCGCCUGCGGGGGCCUCGCCUACUUCGUGCUCUAUCUGCCCUACGUGCUGUGCGUGGCCUGGCGGGACCAGCUGCCGGUGGGCGGCCGCGUCGCCGCGAGCCUUCUGUCACCUGUGGCCUUUGGCUUCGGCUGCGAGAGCCUCGCGCUGCUGGAGGAGCAGGGCGAGGGCGCGCAGUGGCACAACAUGGGCACUGCGCCUACGGACGACGUCUUCAGCCUGGCCCAGGUUUCGGGCCUUCUGCUGCUCGAUGCCACUCUCUACGGCCUCGCCACUUGGUACCUGGAGGCCGUGUGCCCAGGCCAGUACGGGAUUCCCGAACCAUGGAACUUUCCCUUUCAGAGGAGCUACUGGAUUAGGCCUCAGACCCCCAAGGGUCCCGCCCCGCCCCCUGCCCCGCAGGACCCACAGGUGCUGGUGGAGGAGGCACCACAUGGCCUGGUUCCCGGGGUCUCCAUACGGGGCCUAGAAAAGCGCUUUCCUGGCAACCCGCAGCCAGCCCUGCGGGGGCUCAGCCUGGACUUCUACCAGGGCCACAUCACCACCUUCCUGGGCCACAACGGUGCGGGCAAGACCACUACUCUGUCCAUCCUGAGCGGCCUUUUCCCACCCACUGCUGGCUCUGCCUGUGUCCUGGGCCAUGACGUCCGGUCCAGCAUGGCAGCCAUCCGGCCCCACCUGGGCGUUUGCCCACAGUACAACGUGCUGUUUGACAUGCUGACUGUGGAUGAGCAUGUCUGGUUCUACGGGCGGUUGAAGGGUCUGAGCGCAGCUGCCGUGGGCCCUGAGCAGGACCGUCUGCUUCAGGACGUGGGGCUCGUCCCCAAGCGGCACACACAGACGCGCCACCUCUCUGGUGGGACGCAGCGGAAGCUUUCAGUGGCCAUUGCCUUUGUGGGUGGCUCCCAAGUCGUUAUCCUGGACGAGCCCACGGCUGGUGUGGACCCUGCUUCCCGUCGCAGCAUUUGGGAGCUGCUGCUCAAAUACCGUGAAGGUCGCACACUGAUCCUCUCCACCCACCACCUGGAUGAGGCUGAGCUGUUGGGAGACCGUGUGGCAAUAGUGGCGGCCGGCCGCCUGUGCUGCUGCGGCUCCCCACUCUUCUUGCGGCGUCACUUGGGCUCCGGAUACUACCUGACGCUGGUGAAGGGUCCCCCACCUCUGGCUGCCAGCAAAAAGGGUGCCACUGACUUGAAGGACAGCAUGGAUGCCAGGCGGGAAGGGGAGCUGGGCAGCCAUGGCAGCACUGCCGGUGUGCCCCAGCUGCUGGCCCUGGUGCAGCGCCUGGUGCCCGGGGCACGGCUGGUCGAGGAGCUGCCACACCAGCUGGUGCUGGCACUGCCCUACAAGGGCGCCCUGGACGGCAGCUUCGCCGAGCUCUUCCAUGAGCUGGACCUGCAGCUGGGGAAGCUGGGGCUGGCCGGCUACGGGAUCUCUGACACCAGCCUCGAGGAGAUCUUCCUGAAGGUGGUAGAGGACUGUGCUACAGACACAGGCCCAGAGGAUGCAGCCACAGAUGGUCAGCACAGGCAGCUCCAGUGCUUGAGGAGGAAUUACCCGGAAGUGACCACGCGGCUCAAGAUUCUGCCCGAGGGGUCCGCCCUGGAGAAUGGGGAGCUGGCUGGAUCUGCCCCAGAGAUGCAGGCCCUGCAGAGCUCAGGGCCAGAUGCCACAGGCCGGGUCCAGGGCUGGGCACUGACCCUCCAACAGCUCCGGGCCUUGCUUCUCAAACGCUUCCUGCUGGCCCACCGCAGCCGCCGGGGCCUGUUCGCACAGAUCGUGCUGCCUGCCCUCUUUGUGGGCCUUGCGCUGGCGUUCAGCCUCGUCGUGCCUCCUUUUGGAUACUACCCGCCUCUGCAGCUCAGUCCCAGCAUGUACGGUGCCCAAGUGUCCUUCUUCAGCGAGGAUGCCCCAGGCGACCCUGAACGUGCCCAUCUGCUCGAGGCACUGCUGGAGGAGGCCGGAUUGGAGGGAAAUAACUCCGCCAGGGCGCCCAAGUGCACCCCGCCCGCUGUCGGCCAGUUCUCGGUGCCCGAGGUUCCUGCAGAUGUGGCUGAAGUCUUGGCCAGGGGCAACUGGACGCCAGAGUCUCCGUCCCCAGCCUGCCAGUGUAGCCGGCCUGGUGCCCGCCGCCUGCUGCCCGACUGUCCCUCAGGGGCUGGUGGUCCCCCGCCACCCCAGGCGCCAAGCAGCUCGGGCGAAGUGGUCCAGAACCUAACCGGCCGGAAUCUGUCUGACUUCCUGGUCAAGACCUACCCGGGCCUGGUGCGCCAGGGCCUGAAAACUAAGAAGUGGGUGAAUGAGGUCAGGUAUGGGGGCUUCUCCCUGGGGGGCCGAGACCCCGGCCUACCCUCAGGGCUUGAGGUGGGUCGCUCUGUGGAGGAGCUGCGGGCCCUGCUGAGUCCCCAACCUGGUGGGGCCCUCGACCGCAUCCUGAACAACCUCACAGCAUGGGCUCUCAGUCUGGACACCCCGGACAGCCUCAAGAUAUGGUUCAACAACAAGGGCUGGCACGCGAUGGUGGCCUUUGUCAACCGAGCCAACAAUGCUCUCCUACAUGCCCGUCAGCCACCAGGCCCCACCCGUCAAGCCCACAGCAUUAUCACCAUCAACCAUCCACUGAACCUCACCAAGGAGCAGCUGUCCGAGGCUGCGCUGAUGGCCUCCUCAGUGGACGUGCUCGUCUCCAUCUGCGUGGUCUUUGCUAUGUCCUUCGUCCCAGCCAGCUUCACCCUUGUCCUCAUCGAUGAGCGUGUCACCCGAGCCAAACACCUGCAGUGCAUGGGUGGCCUGCCCCCAACCCUCUACUGGCUCAGCAACUUUGUCUGGGACAUGUGUAACUACUUGGUGCCAGCGUGCAUUGUGGUCCUCAUUUUUCUGGCCUUCCAGCAGAGGGCGUAUGUGGCCCCUGCCAACCUGCCUGCCCUCCUGCUCUUGCUACUACUGUAUGGCUGGUCGAUCACACCGCUCAUGUACCCAGCCUCCUUCUUCUUCUCCGUGCCCAGCACGGCCUACGUGGUGCUCACCUGCAUCAACCUCUUUAUUGGCACCAAUGGCAGCAUGGCCACUUUUGUGCUUGAGCUCUUCUCUGAUCAGAAAUUGCAGGAGGUGAGCCAGAUCCUGAAAUGGGUCUUCCUUAUCUUUCCCCACUUCUGCCUGGGCCGGGGACUCAUUGACAUGGUGCGGAACCAGGCCAUGGCUGACGCCUUUGAGCGCUUGGGAGAUGGGCAGUUCCAGUCACCCCUGCGCUGGGAGGUGGUUGGCAAGAACCUCUUGGCCAUGGUGGUACAGGGGCCCAUCUUCCUCCUCUUCACGCUCCUGCUGCAGCAUCGCAAUCGCCUCCUGCCACAACCCAAGCUGAAGCCUCUGCCCCCCCUUGGAGAGGAGGAUGAAGAUGUGGCCCGUGAGCGGGAACGGGUCAUGCUAGGGGAUACCCAGGGGGAUGUGUUGGUGCUGAGGGACCUGACCAAGGUGUACCGUGGGCAGAGGACACUGGCUGUCAACCGCCUGUGCCUGGGGAUCCCCCCUGGCGAGUGUUUUGGGCUGCUGGGUGUGAAUGGAGCCGGGAAGACGUCCACCUUCCGCAUGGUGACCGGGGACACGCUGCCCAGCGGGGGUGAGGCCAUGCUGGUGGGCCACAGCGUGACCCAGGAACCGGCUGCAGCUAACCGCGGCAUGGGCUACUGCCCUCAGUCUGAUGCCAUCUUCGAGCUGCUGACAGGCCGCGAGCACCUGGAGCUGUUUGCACGCCUGCGCGGGGUCCCUGAGGCCCAGGUUGCCCAGACAGCAAGCUUGGGCCUGGAGCGCCUGGGGCUCCUUCAGUAUGCGGACCGUCCCGCGGGCACCUAUAGCAGUGGCAACAAGCGGAAGCUGGCGACAGCCCUGGCUCUGGUGGGGGACCCGGCUGUGGUCUUUCUGGAUGAGCCGACCACCGGCAUGGACCCCAGUGCCCGGCGCUUCCUCUGGAACAGCGUCCUGGCUGUGGUGCAGGAGGGCCGCUCCGUGGUGCUCACCUCGCACAGCAUGGAGGAGUGUGAGGCCCUCUGCACGCGCCUCGCCGUCAUGGUGAACGGGCGGUUCCGCUGCCUGGGCAGCACGCAGCACCUCAAGGGCAGAUUCGGGGCUGGCCACACGCUGACCCUGCGGGUGCCCUUGUCGCGGUCUGAGUCAGCGGCAGCCUUCGUGGCAGCGGCGUUCCCGGAGGCCGAGCUGCGGGAGGCACACGGCGGCCGCCUGCGCUUCCAGCUGCCCCCGGGAGGGCGCUGUGCCCUGGCGCGCGUCUUUGGAGAGCUGGCGGCACACGGGGCGGAGCAUGGCGUGGAGGACUUCUCUGUAAGCCAGACCACGCUAGAGGAGGUAUUCCUGUACUUCUCCAAGGAUCAGGGGAAGGAGGAGGAGGAGGAACAGGAGGCAGAAGCGGACCCUGUGCCAGGCUGGCAGCGCCCCAAGCUCAUCACCCAGUCCCUCGAUGACCCCAGCAUGGCCGUGACGGUGCUCUGAGCCUAUCUCCUCUGUGGAGCUGGCGGGAGGCCCUGGGAGUGACAGAGGCAGGGCAGAGGGCCUGGAGCAUGGACCCAGACUCCCAGAGGGGUCGCUGCCCAGGAGGAAAUAAAGAGAAGUCGCGGUGUAAA